ACACUGCUCCCGUAACCCUCGGUCCUUUGCCGUCUCUCUCCCGUCCCCCUUUGCGGCGGCGCAUCGCCAUCGAUCCAGGCCGCCGCUCGCCUCAUCCCGCCUUCCUCCGUAGCCAGCGGCGGCGCACUUCGGCAGGUCCCUCCCAUCUCGCCUCCUCCCGCAUCCCCCGUGCUGCUCGACUCCCGCCUCAUCCGCAUUACCCCGUGGCGGUGCGAAGGACAAAGGGUGACCACGAGUCCACGACAGGGCGGCUCGACUCCCGACCAGCAACCCGGUUUGCUAGAAAAGAAAGCAAGGGGCGGCGGCCACAGCAACAAAGCAGUACCUCGUCAUCAACGGAUCCUUCUCUUCAAUAUCAAUCCCAAGGUCUGUUUCGAGAAAUAAGGUUAAGUGAGCUUUAACUGAAAAACAAAUGGUGGAUAUCCCCGUCAAAGCUGGAAAGAAGAAGCAGAGGCGAACAAUGGUGUUACCGAAGACUUCAUUGCUUGAUUUGACUGUUACCAAAAGAGGUGCUCUGGCUUGCACAUUGUAUGAAUCCUAUAUCCUGGGAAAAGAAGUUGUCCAAACUGUCACUGUAGCAGGUUCUACAUCUAAUCAUUCUGAACUCCACAUGCAAUCAGCGCUUGCCAAAGGAGUUAUCAACUCAGUCUUGUUGUUUUACUCAUCAACGCACUUUGCUGGGUGGAGUUUCUGUGGGAAGCUCAAACCAUCAGAUUUCUUUGUCACGCCUUUGGGUUACUUCAAAGUCUUGGCCUCGAAGCUUCAAAAGUUGAAACCCAAGAAUGAAAGGAGGGUUCGGAAAGAUUACCGUGUAGUCUUCCGAAUGCUGAAGUCUCUUUUCUGCAGAGCAUUGCAUCUGCCAAAGGAAGUUCGACACCUGUUGAAGCUUUUGAGAGAAUUCAGACAGAAAGAUUGUUUAAUUGUGAACAAUCAUCCGUCUGGUAUGAGUGAGCAGGAGAAAUUAUCCCUUCUUGUGAGAUGUUGCCAGGAAUUAGAGCACCUCGAAAAGGAAUAUCCUGAAAAGUACAUGCAAGUAAUAACCGGGCUGCCAUUCUGUAAACCCCACUGGAAGAUAAGAGUCAGUAAAAAUCUAUACUUGGAUAAUGUGCUAGCUGAAACAAUUGACACCUACCCGGAUGAUGGGACAGGUGUUGUCGAGUUUGUAUGGAAUUCAUUGGAGUACUUGGGCACACAGCAAUCUGCCAAUUUGACGACGGGCCAGACAAGAAAAAGGAAGAACUUUGAGGAUGAGCAAGUGGAGCGCACGCUGGGGAAAGCCCUGCCUGGGUUACUUUGUGAACUUAUGAAGCUACUCAAUGAUGUGGGAGAACUUCAGAAAAUCCUUGGGGUGUCGCGUCCUAGGCUUGGUGGUUGCUGUAGAACAGAUCACUGGUAAGCCUUGGAGGUUGCUGCAGAACAGAUCACUGGACCUCUUGAAGACACCGAUGAUAAUUACUCGUACGCAGCCUUCUCUCUCUCGGACACACCUGAACUCGUGUGUGUGAAAAUAUUUUUCAAAAUUCGUAGUAAGACAAAAAAAAUCCUCCAAAGUUCUUGCAGGCAUAUUUGGAUGUUCUUUGCCAUUAAAAAAAGCCUCAAAAGCCAUUGCGAUUUUCAUGUUUUGCAUAGAUAACAACCACAAAGGUUGCAAAAACAGGUUCAGUGCCUGGUAGAAAUUGAGACCAAACAGGUUCAUGUUUUGCAGUGGCGUCAAAGUUUUUUUUUUUGCAUGAUUAGUGAAGCUGACGCGCCAAAAACAUGGUGUUUUUCUUUUCUAGGUAACUGAACAGUCAACACAUCACUCUUCUCUUUAAUUACCCAACCCCCAAUGAGCUAAGUGCAUGUAGAAAUUAAGAAGACUAUGUAUAGAAUGCUAUUGUUCUUGAUUACCGUGUGAUGAGAGAAAAUACUUUAAAGUGCAUUAAGAAGAUAGAAGUACUCUCUUUUGUGGACAAAUUUUAAACCCAAACGUACUCUCUUCACCGGACGGAGGGAGUAUAGCUUAUUUUAGAAGCUCCACUAAAAAAAAGCUUAUUUUAGAAGCCAACUUCAUUGAUUAAGGCUUUUAACUAGUUCACUCUUUUUUUGUUUCGGUGAAAAGAGUUUUAUUCCAUAGGUAUGGAGUUACAGCCGAGAGGCAUCCUCAAUACAUGGUGGUCCUUGGUGCAACCAUACAGCGGCGGUGCACUCGGUUCGACUAUAAUUUACCACGGCGACUCUAUUUUGUUCCCCAUUAAGCUUUUGCGGAAUAAACUAGUUAACUCUUAAUUGGUCUGAAAUCCUAAUAAAUAUUGAUC